CAUUCCUUUCUUCCUUUAUAUGUUACCUUCACAACGUUGCCAUGCAUAUGCAUUGCAAUCAAACACCAAAGUUUGUUACGUUAAUAUUCACUCGCUCACUCACUCACAUUAAUAACACUAUCAAAUCCAUUCUCUCUGUUUUUGUUCAUUCAUUCAUUCAUUCAUUCAUCACUCACUAAUGGCUUCCAAGGCAGAAGGAAAGGCUAUUGGCAUUGACCUUGGCACCACUUACAGUUGCGUGGGUGUGUGGCAAAACGACCGCGUUGAGAUCAUAGCCAAUGAUCAAGGUAACAGAACCACUCCAUCCUAUGUAGCUUUCACUGACACAGAGCGUCUCAUAGGAGAUGCUGCCAAGAACCAAGUUGCAAUGAACCCACAGAACACCGUUUUCGACGCAAAACGACUCAUUGGUCGAAGAUUCUCUGACCCUUCUGUUCAGAGCGACAUGAAACACUGGCCUUUUAAGGUUGUUCCUGGUCCUGCCGACAAACCCAUGAUCGUGGUUCAGUAUAAAGGUGAAGAGAAACGCUUUUCAGCUGAAGAGAUUUCUUCCAUGGUGUUGACCAAGAUGAAGGAGAUUGCUGAGGCUUUCUUGGGACAAACCAUCAAGAACGCGGUGAUUACUGUGCCUGCUUAUUUCAACGAUUCUCAGAGACAAGCUACAAAGGAUGCUGGUGCCAUUGCUGGUCUUAAUGUGAUGAGAAUCAUCAAUGAGCCCACUGCCGCUGCUAUUGCUUAUGGUUUGGACAAGAAGGGUUCGAAGUCUGGUGAGAAGAACGUGCUUAUCUUUGACCUUGGUGGUGGUACUUUUGAUGUUUCUCUUCUCACCAUUGAGGAAGGAAUUUUUGAAGUGAAGGCCACUGCUGGGGACACUCAUUUGGGAGGUGAAGAUUUUGAUAAUAGGCUUGUGAAUCACUUUGUGGCUGAGUUCAAGAGGAAGCAGAAGAAGGAUAUAAGCACAAGUGCUAGAGCUCUUAGGAGAUUAAGGACUGCGUGUGAGAGGGCAAAGAGGACUCUCUCUUCCACCACACAGACAACCAUUGAGAUUGAUUCCCUCUAUGAAGGUAUUGAUUUCUAUUCUACUAUCACCAGAGCCAGGUUUGAGGAAUUGAACAUGGAUUUGUUCAGAAAAUGCAUGGAACCCGUGGAGAAAUGUUUGAGGGAUUCAAAGAUUGAUAAGAGUCAAGUUCAUGACGUUGUUCUUGUUGGUGGGUCAACAAGGAUUCCAAAAGUGCAGCAGCUUUUGCAGGAUUUCUUCAAUGGCAAAGAGCUGUGCAAGAGUAUUAACCCGGAUGAAGCUGUGGCCUAUGGAGCUGCAGUGCAAGCUGCUAUUUUGAGUGGUGAAGGGGACCAGAAGGUUCAGGACUUGCUUCUGCUUGAUGUUACUCCUCUCAGCCUUGGUAUUGAAACUGCAGGUGGUGUGAUGACAGUGUUGAUUCCGAGGAACACAACCAUUCCAACCAAGAAAGAACAGAUUUUCUCUACUUACUCAGAUAAUCAACCUGGAGUGCUAAUUCAGGUCUAUGAAGGUGAGAGGGCCAGAACCAAAGACAACAACCUUCUGGGAAAAUUUGAGCUCAAAGGAAUCCCACCAGCACCAAGAGGAGUUCCCCAAAUCAAUGUCUGCUUUGACAUUGAUGCAAAUGGUAUUUUGAAUGUUUCAGCAGAGGAUAAAACUGCAGGGGUGAAGAACAAGAUCACAAUCACCAAUGAUAAAGGAAGAUUGAGCAAAGAGGAGAUUGAGAGAAUGGUGCACGAGGCAGAGAAAUACAAGGCAGAGGAUGAGGAGGUGAAGAAAAAGGUGGAUGCCAAGAACUCUUUGGAGAACUAUGCUUACAACAUGAGGAAUACAGUGAAAGAUGAGAAAAUUGCAGGAAAAUUGAAUCCUGCUGAUAAGCAGAAGAUAGAGAAGGCAGUUGAUGAGACUAUUGAGUGGCUUGAAGGGAACCAACUGGCUGAGGUGGAGGAAUUUGAGGACAAAUUGAAGGAGUUGGAGGGAUUGUGCAACCCAAUCAUCGCCAACAUGUAUCAAGGUGCUGGUGGGGAUGUGCCAAUGGGCGGUGCAGAUGACAUCCGUAAUGGUGGCUAUGGAAAAUCAUCAACUGGUGGAACUGGUGCUGGGCCUAAGAUUGAAGAAGUUGACUAAAAUCUGUACCCAAAAGUUGUUCUUGUUUAUGUAAUGUCUUUUACAGUCUUACUUGAGUGGAUUUGGCUGGCUAUGUAGUGAGUUUGUGUAGUUUCAUUGGGAGUAAGCAAAAAUAAAUUUUCCAGAUGUAAACAAAUUAAGUAACAUUUCAUUUUGUUUUCUUGA